AAUUAAAAAUUGGUCAGAAUUACAUUCGAUUUGGGCAUCAUCAAUUAACCAAAAUUAGAUUACAUUUUGUGUUCGCAUUCGGCUGCCAUUAGAAAUGCCAUCAAUUAUUUAAGGCAUUUAUUUUGAUUCCGUUUCCUUGUGCUUUUGUUUGCUGGCUGUUCCACAAAAACAGAAAUUGUUUGCCCUCCAGGAGAAACAAAAACAACUAUAGAGCGGAGAAUACGGAGAGCCGAAUGGACACCGAAAAAUCCGAGAAUCCGAGUAGCAAACAUACCGAAGACCAAAAACACUGAGCACCAAAAACACCGAAAUUCAGUCGCGUGAGAGCAUCGCAUCUGGCCGCACCGCAUCGCAUCCUCGAGAUACAUCCGCAUCUGUAAGAUAUAUCCGCAUCUUUGAGAUACAUUCGCGAGUGCAAAUUUCAGCGGCAAUAUGUCAAUUAACUAAGUCCCAAUCUAAGACCAUCAAUAAAUCAGAUAAUCGUCUACUGGGAACUGAGACGCAGACCAAAGAAAACAAACUCCAAGCUCAAAGCUCUUCUCACCUUUUUCCUGGUUACAGCAAACCAACUGUGACGUGCUCUUAGAUGAAAGGAACGUGCGAUGCAAUUGAAUCCAAGCAGACAAACUGAAACGCACUACUGGAUUACCCUUUUUUGGUGUGCCUUAGGUGGUUUGAUAUUGGGUGGAAUUGUUGUCAUUUCAUACUGGAUAAGACGAUGCAGGACACUUGCAGCGAGAUCAACGACCCGGCAGCGCCGCAUCCGGAGCCGGAGCUCAUCAUCAGCUGCCACCGGGAUCAGCGGGAUCAGUGCCAUCGGAAUAAUCUCCAGGGCGAAGGCAAAGUCAUCACCCGAUCACAAUCAUCGGCGUCGACCGCGCCGCGUGCUCCAGUGCAUCAACUGAAGCAGCAGCAAUCUCUGCCCACGCCUUUAACCCAGCAGCCCGGCCACAAUCCGCACCACAACCACAAUCCCCAGGCCCCCAAGUCCGUCUCCAUUCUGGUCUACAAGACCCUGAACACGGUCUUCAAGAGCAGCCGCAAGAUCAUCGUUCGUGUGUGUGAGGUGGCCAGCGCCAAGAAGUCCUUCACCAUGUUCAAGUUCAACAAGGCCGCCCAGCAGCAGCGGAUCGAUAACCGGAACAGUUCCGUCACAGGACACGAUCCCUUCGUCCGACCACCCGUGCCCGAAAAGAAAGUGAGGAACAUUAUGAAGAAGCUGCACAAGGCGAACGGCCUGAAACGCUCCAACUCGGCCAUCGAGUUCGAUGUCUCGGCCCUGACAGCUGCCAAUCGCCGCCAGAUCUACAGUAGCAAUCGGUCGGCGAGCUCGGAGCAAGAUAACUCAGAUCUAUCCGAGCACUCGGAAAAAUCGCCGCUGGUUAGCGCGAGGUUAGACAAUCUAGCUAGGCUCUUCUUUAGCAAGUCGAUGCCAGCGGAAGCCGGAAGUAGAGAUACCAUAGAUUCAGUACUGACAACAAGGCCCAACAUCAAGUAUCAGUACUCCGCUCUCGACAGUGGCAAUGGGAUCGUGGAGCGAAGUCCUCGGGAACGGGCCCAGAGGGAGAAGGCCCUGAAUGCCACUCAGGAAUGGAUUCAGAGUGCCAAUGGGCGCUACGAGGUGAUCGCCCACCUGGAUGAGAUCGGCUCGAGGCAUGGCAAGAACUGGUUUCUGGUCACAGAUGCUUCGGUCCGCACUGAUCGUCUGCUGACCCUGCUACCUCUGCCCCCCGACUGCGUGGCCUUCGAGGAUCUCCCGCCCAACGAAAGUGCGAGGGAAAUACUCAUGGAGCUCCUGGGCUCGUUGCAUCAUCCGUACAUAUAUCCUGUUCUCGAUCUGGGCUUCUUGCGGAACACCUCGUAUAGCUACGCCUGCCUGGUGACGCCCUUCAACUCGCGGGGCAGUCUGAAAGAUCUCAUAUAUAAGGCACAGUGGAACGAGCCGUGGGCCAGGAAGUACACGCGUAAGCCAAAUGGCUUACCGGUGAGCCAGGUGCAGCGCCUGGGGCGACAGAUCCUGGAGGCACUGCUCUUCCUGAAGGAGCGCGGCUUUCCGCUUCACGGUCACCUGCACAGCGGCAAUGUCAUCCUGCAGAACGGGGCCGCCAGGUUAUCGGGCCUCGAGAACGGCCUCCUGGGCCUCAGUUCGCGCAUUAACGCCGUCAUGUGGUCCCGAUCGGUCACCGAGAUCGAAAACGUGGACAUCGUCUGCUUUGGCCACCUGCUCUACGAAAUGUGCACGGGUCAGGAGCUGACCACCCCCAAACCGUCCAUGAGGGUGCUCGAGAUGGAGCUGCAGCACUACCCACAAAUUGGCCAGAUUCUGGAAAUAUUAGGCCUAAUCUUUGAGCCGCCUAGCGGUGUCUGCCCCUCCGUCGAGGACCUAGUCCUGUGCGAUCUCUUUCGCAGCAUCGAUUUGCGCGAGCUGCGCGGUCCCUGUUUCAGUACAAUUAAGCCGAGCCUCAGUAGGUCCACCCUAAACCUGCUGCAAGCGGUGAAGAAGCGCCAAUGCGCCUCCCUGGGUCAUUCCCUGAGUGAGGCCAACUCGCCCUGCACGCCGCCCUCGACGCCGCACGAUCGACGCACUGGUAUCAGCCGAACAAUGGACUCAUUUGACAUAUCAAGCGACUCGGAGGAGGGUCUUCUGGAGGAGAUUGUCGUCGGUGGGAGCUGCCAUCGGCAGCACCUGUUCCGCCUGCAGCAGUGGCACUCGGCCCACUCGUACGUGCACCCCUCGUACGCCUCGGAGUCGCCCAUCCACUAUUGUGACCCGGCGGCCCUCUAUUCGGAUGAUAAUAGCCAGGAGGCGGGUCAGGAUCCCCAGCCGCCGACCAUCCGAUGCAGCACCAGCAGCCAGAGCAACCUGGAUGUCCUGCUGGCCGAGGGCUCCGUGACCGAGGUCUACGAGGAGCAGGAGGAGGAGGAGUACUUCGAGCCGGAGGAGGAGGCCAGUGGCUCGUCGGGGGCGGGGGCCCAGAGGCUUCAGGCCCCGGCCUGCACUUCGUCGUCUGCUGGGGCCUCCUUCAACCACCAACUCACUGCCGAUAUGUGCAACUACAAGAACUCGAAGAGCCGCAGGCUGGAGUACUCCUUGAAGUGCCUCAAGUACGGGCGCAGUAAUCCCUCCCAGGACUCGGCCUUUGGCUCGCUGACCGACAACGACCUGUCCAUAGGCUCGUCCAGCAUCCGGUUGAGCAGCUUCCAGUCCAUCUCCUCGCCCAUUGACGAGGGCGUGGAGGAUGUGAUUAUAGCCACCACCACGGGCGGCAACGAAACCUGCCUGGAACUGGCCACCAUUCCCAGGAGCAUGGUCUCCCAGGACUCGGCCAUAUCCUCGCCCUGUCGCGAGAGUUCCCCCAACAACUUCCUGCACAUCGACGAUGCCAUGUCGGGAACGGGUUCCACUUCCUCGGGCUCGAAUUGUGGCUCCUAUGGAAAUAUACGUCCGCAACAGUUUCCCGUUUCGCUCUCACCGAAGAUUUUGGUAACGGCCACCAGCAAUUCGAGCAGCUCCUCCCUGGCCUCCACCAGCAACGGGGGUCAAGGUCAAGCUCAGGGUCAGGCUCAGGCCCAGGGUCACGGACCGGGGCAUCCCCAGCAGCAGUUCGAUCCGCCCAAGAUCCUGGUCAACGAUCAGAACUCCAUCUACACCACAUCGCCAUCGAAGCGAUCGGGAAUGAUAGAGGUGUUCUCUCAGAAAUACCGGUCCCCCUUCCAGGUGAGCUCCUUCGAGGAUAUGUCCCCGAAGAGGACCUCCGACAAGCAGCACCUGAAGCACGUGAAUCGGCUGGCCUUUCGCUCCCUGGAGGAGGAGCGUCGCAUCGACAAUGCCUUCCUGCCGAUGGCGGAUCGCACCCACUCGGACAAUCGCGUGAAUAUGCAGAGCGAGAAGUACAAGAAGCUCACGCACGCCUCCUUCCGCAUCAGCAAGGGUCAGGGUCAGGACUCGCCCACGGCCACGCCCACCAGCCAAACGCCCCCCAGCCAGCCGGGCAACUGCAUCGAGAUGCAGCGAACCGGUAGACAGACCCUCUGGCGGGACAGCAAGUUCUACCGGAAGAACAGAAUCGCCAAGAGCAACGAUUCCCUAAUGGAGAACAAUCCGUCGCCCAGGAUCUCGCCCUGCUCACUGCGGGAUAAUCAGUACGAGAGCAGGAGCAGCUCCCAGGCCAGCAGGAGAUCGCUGAGUGGAAGCCAGCAGAUGUUGAGUGUGACCACCAGUUUCUGUGGCAAUGGGAAUGGCUCGAGAAACUCAGCCAGAUACUGCAGCUCCAAGAGCGAGGACCUGGGCGAGUCCUCCGACUAUCUGAGAGUGAUGGAUGCCCGCAAAUCAUACUCCGAGAGGCACCUGGUGCGACUCAAGCAGACGGCCAUUAACAACACGCACAGCGAGGACGAGAUGAGCUUCAACGAUGACAAUAAUCCGACGGUAUCAUCGCAGGGUCAGGGGUUACGAACCGGCACCCAGUACAAUCAGAAGGAGCACCACCACCAGAAGCACUAUCAGUCGGGUGGCAGGUGGAGCAGCAGCUGCUCCAUCGGGGGCCACCUGAAGACGACCAAUAUAAAGACCACCUCGCUGUCCGCUCAGUCCAGCCAAUCGAAUUUAGUGGCCACCUCGGCAACUGCCAGCUAUCGCACGCCCUCCAAGUCCCUUGACCAGAGCAUCGCCACUAUGGCCACCAUUGCCAUCCCGAGCAUCCAUCCCAAUCCCAUCCAGAGUAGCACCACCCAGGGCAGCAGCAGCAACACCACCACCACCACCACCACCACGAGCAGUGACAGCAGCAGCAGCACCACCAGCUCGGUGGACGAGUCCCCAUCGAGAUUGACCCUCAGCGGUGCCGAUCUCUCGAGGAUCUUCGUGAUGGACAUGGACGAUGCCCCGGGCAGCACUUGCAGCGAGGAGAAGACCCCGCUGUUGGACAGUGUGGAGAUGUCUCCGAUCAGUCCAACCGAUCCGGAGCAACCCGACCUCGACAAGCUCUAAGGGGCCUCUUAAAAUAACACUAUGUACACGCGCACACAGACACGUUUUGAGCAGCCGAAAUGCAAAGCAUGUGAUAAAGAAACCAAAUAUAACAGAAAUCGAACGGGGAACCACAAAGUUAUAGAACUAAUAGGCUAGGUAUGAGAUGGCAAGGGGGAAGUAUUAUAAAAGAGUUAACAGAUCAGAGGAUUUCAUUUACAUUUUAUAGAGUAACUGUCUUUGUUGAAUUUACAAUCCUAACAAGAUCGUCGGUUAUCCCAUAUUGAUUAACUUAAUAAUGUACCCUAAAAUGUUAAAACUUUAAUUUUCCAACCUUAACUUUUUCCCGAAAACUCAUUUCUAAUGCUAUCCCCUCUGCCAGUGUUGGUUAAGGUAAGGCAAUUCUAUUCUUGGUUCAACACAACACACAAAUACGUACACCCACUCACUCAAAUAUAAUUGGGCUGCUCCCGCCUUUGCUAAAUCCACACUCAAAGCUUUCUUCUGGUAACAAUAAUAUUUUUCUCUUUAUAUUGAACUUUAGCCGGUUGCUUUUACAGCAAUUCGAGAUUACCUAGAAUAUUUCUUCACUGAUGCUAAUCUCUAGACUGCUAAGCCACAAGACAACACAGAAAAAGCAAAGGGACUACCAUCCUGCUGAUUAGUUGUUUUUUUAGCAAAACAAAAGGGAAACCCGUUUUCGAAUUAUACGGAAUUAUACACUUUACUUGGUAGUUAAUUGAAUAGUUAAGACUUGAAAGCUUCGCAGCUUGGCGCAUUGAAAAUGUUUUACUGUAGCCUAAAAUCGUUUUAAGCUCCCAGUGGGGCGUGUUUUAAAUAUAAAUUAUAUAAAACAUAUUUUAGGGAAAUUAAAAACCAACAACAAAAUUAAAAGAGCAAACAAAGCCAAAGACAGUUUACCCAUUGAAUGGAAAAUCCAAGGCGGAGUUGGAAGUAUACAAGAUAUAACGAAAGCGUUAGGAUUUCUUUAUUCAGUUGCCUUUGUUCAGAAAUACCACAUUAGCGAGCACUUCAAUAUCGCAACGGAAACAUAAAUUGUACCCCAUAAGAGUUAAACAUUAUCGUAUAAAACCGUAAACGAUAAAUCAAUACAGAAAUGCAAUCAAAUUUACUAUGAUAUCGCAAACGAAAAUAUCACGAAAGCCACACACAAUCGAACACAAAAUAAGUAUACUCACUAACGAUCAUAUAUAUAGAUGGUAAUAUUAGACGCACGCACUUAACUAAGACGAUCCAGAUUCGAACCCCGGUCCAGAACCCAACCCCACCCGACACAUUUGAAGAACUCAGAUGACCUGCCGCAGAGUCGCCCUUAGUUUGAUUAUUCGUAGUCGCUGAAUGCCUAGAACAUUGUUUACGGGACCCUUUAGAAUGUAUAUGUAUCCCCAAUAUUGUGUAAGUUCAUUUUGCUUGGAAUUGUUUGUGUAUACACGUAUGUACUCCCCAAGUAACUCCCGAAAAUGGAGAUGCUCUUGAGAUCUAACAAAUAAACGAGAAAUAAAGUA